ACCAAACACACGCGUCGGCCCAAAAUUCCAAUUCCUAUCAAUCGCACUCAUCUAUUAUUCAAAAAAGGUCCGAGCUACAAAAAUUCAGUUACUCUCUACGAAAGUUCCACCACUCCUUUUUUGGCUCUCCGCAAUAUAAAUAAUUAGGUUUAAACAAUAUCGUUAUCACUAAGUGCGAAGACGCAAAAAUGAGAACUGUAGCGGUUAUUUGUACUAUUGUUCUCCUUUCCUCUUAUGGACAUGUAUAUGGCCAGGAUUUUGGAUAUACAGAUUUUAAGGAUCUCUUACAGAUUGGAGGGAAAGUAGAAAUAACCGAAGUAGCUAAACCCAUUACACCAAGAAGCUUUGACAAACCGCUGGAAGAUGAUAUUGAAGAUUUUAUUAAAUCCAACGAGAUAUCAAUGGAAACUCCUUUUGGUUCUUCUGUAACUUUAAACGGAAGAAGUUUAGAUAAUGGAGAAGUAGAUUUGAAGCUACGUUUGGGCUCAGGAAACGCCGUUGAAGCAAGAAAGAAAUCGAAAAUCAAGAAAAUUAUUGCACCAAUCUUAAUUGUUCUUGUACUGAAAGCCAUCACAUUAAUUCCACUGGCUCUUGGUAUACUGGGUAUCAAAACCUGGAAUGCUUUACAACUGUCAUUUGUAUCGUUCGUCACUUCCAUCGUUCUGGCAGUGUGGAAACUUUGCGCAAAGUUCUCUGAUCACCAUCACCAUGCACCACACGUUAUCCAUGAAGCAGUUCACGAUGUCCAUGUACCUCAUCACGUACCUCAUGUUAUCCACGAGGCGGUCCAUGAUGUUCAUGUACCUCAUCACGUUGUACAUCAUGAUCACCACGAAGAACAUCUUGUCCAUCACGAUCCAUGGGACCACCAUUACCACAGAUCGGACGAUGCUCAACAAAUGGCUUACAGUGCCUAUGUACCUGAAAACAAACCAUAAAUUUUGGUUUAUUUAUUUUAAAUUAUUUAUUGUAUUUUGUAAAAUAGAA